AUGCGGCCGCUUACGGCCCAGCCGAAGCUUGUGGCCCCAAAAGCAGUGAUACCCCGUGCGUGGAGUGAGCCAAUAACCGCCCCGCUGCCGCCACCCGGGAAGAUCCCCAUCGCCCACGCCAGUGCACAGCCAAUUUCCGCACCCAGUCUGGCGUCAGGAGCCAAAAUCGCGAUCGCCCACGCCCGCGUGCAGACGAUAACCGCCCCUAGACCCGCGCCGCUGAUCAUCGCCCGGAACUUGGUGGUCGCCAAAAAUGCGCAGAACGCAUCCGCGACGCUCCAGAAUACGGUCAUCGCCACGCUGCCUGCCAACUCCACUUCUUCCGACGACCAAAAGUGGGCGGAGCUUCGUGCUUGUGCUAAGCAGCACGGCCUCCUCGAUUUUCUGCAUAACCACACCCGCCCGGACGGGAAUCAGGAUGGAAAUGGAUCGUCAGAAGGCUUGGCU